UCUGUUACGUACCGAAUUGAAGCAACGAGGGAAGAAACCGGCACGACUCUGUCAUAUAGAGGAUUUAAGGACGUUAUAAAAACCACAUUACCGUUACUAUAACCGAAAAUACCGUUCUCUUUAAAGCCUGUUGCGCUUGAAAUGUUACAAUUUAGGUUCUCGGGAGCGUUAAAGGAGUUUUGUAAACCGAAUCUGAGGCGCAUACUGAAUAAUAGUAAGACAGAUAAUAAAACAAAAGUCGCGUCUCGCUCCAUCAGCGCAGCCGCCGGUGCGCUACCGCUGUCCUGGAGGCGCGUCGCCGCCGCUGGAAGAGGAUGCUGCGCGUCUUCGUUUAGACGCGCACUGUGUACCCGGACGGACGCGGCCGACCAAGCCCAGAAAAAUGCGCUCGGCCCUGAAGCCGUGGAGAAAAGAAGGAAGGCAGGCAUUUUGCCCAGCCUGGAAGAUCUCCUGUUUUACACCAUUGCAGAGGGACAGGAGAAAAUUCCAGCACACAAAUUUACCACGGCGUUAAAAGCCACCGGUCUGCGUACCGGAGACCCUCGUCUUAAGGAGUGCAUGGAGAUGUUGAAGGUCACGCUAAAAACCACGUCAGACGGCGCUCUGGAUAGACAACUUUUUAAAAAGUGUGUGCAAAGCAAUAUCGUUCUGCUGACUCAGGCAUUCCGCAAGAAGUUCGUCAUUCCCGACUUUCAGUCGUUCACCUCCCACAUCGAUCAAAUUUACGAGAGCGCUAAAUCCUUGUCAGGUGGCCAGGUGGCGGACUACAUUCCUCAGCUAGCAAAAUUUAGCCCAAAUCUUUGGGCUGUUUCCCUCUGCACUGUAGACGGCCAACGAUACACCGCGGGUGAUACGAAAGUCCCGUUUUGUCUGCAGUCAUGCGUGAAACCCUUAAAAUAUGCCAUCGCGGUUCACGACCACGGCACCGAAUAUGUACACCGAUUUAUAGGGAAAGAGCCCAGCGGUCUUCGAUUCAACAAACUUUUCCUUGAUGAAGAUGAUAAACCUCACAAUCCCAUGGUAAACGCUGGCGCCAUAGUGUGUACCUCUCUUCUCAAGCAAGGCGUAAGCAACGCUGAGAAAUUCGACUACGUGAUGAACUUUAUGAAGAAGUUGGCAGGAAAUGAAUAUGUCGGUUUUAGCAAUGCUACGUUUCAGUCCGAGAGACUGUCGGGUGAUAGAAAUUUCGCCAUUGGUUACUACCUGAAGGAAAAGAAGUGUUUCCCAGAAGGUACAGAUAUGACCGCCAUCUUGGAUCUAUACUUCCAGUUGUGCUCUAUCGAGGUGACUUGUGAAAGCGCCAGCGUCAUGGCGGCGACCUUGGCUAACGGUGGCUUCUGUCCAAUCACGGGCGAGCGUGUGUUGAACCCGGAGGCCGUGAGGGACACCCUGAGUCUCAUGCACUCUUGCGGCAUGUACGACUUUUCCGGACAGUUUGCUUUCCACGUCGGUCUUCCGGCCAAAUCGGGUGUUUCUGGUGGCAUCCUGCUGGUGGUGCCUAAUGUAAUGGGUGUCAUGUGUUGGUCUCCUCCUCUUGAUAAACUGGGCAACAGCGUGCGUGGCAUCCAGUUCUGCACGGAUUUGGUCCAGCUUUUUAAUUUCCACAACUAUGAUAAUUUACGCCACUUCGCCAAAAAACUGGAUCCGCGCAGAGAGGGAGGAGAACAGCGGGUAAAAUCGGUUAUCAACUUGCUGUUUGCUGCCUACACAGGGGAUGUAUCUGCCUUGAGGAGGUUUGCACUGUCGUCAAUGGAUAUGGAGCAACGAGACUACGACUCCAGAACUGCUCUCCACGUAGCAGCCGCUGAAGGUCACACUGAAGUCGUGCGUUUUCUCUUGGAGGCCUGUAAAGUAAAUCCAGAGCCCAAAGACAGGUGGGGUAACACGCCAAUGGAUGAGGCCGUUCAUUUCGGCCAUCAUGAUGUGGUAACCAUCCUUCAGGACUAUCACACCACCUACAGCCCCAAGGACAUCACAGCCGAUGGAGAAAAAGAGACGGCUGAAAAGAAUCUGGAUGGGAUGUUGUAGAGAUGUUUAAAGUGGAGCAAACAGUUACAGAACAAACAAACAAA